CCAUUUUUUAGAAAGUACUCGCGCCAUAAGUGCUGACCAAUCACGGAGCCCGUAUUAUAUAGCAUUUUAAAAUGGCGUCUCUCGAACAUGCAUUCGAUGUUGUGAGCACAAAAUUUGGUAUUCAGAGUCUAAAUCAUCAUCAAAAAUCUGCGAUAACGACCAUUGUCGAAGAAGGAAGGGAUAUUUUCAUCAAUGUACCAACGGGCUUUGGAAAGUCACUAAUUUAUCAAUCCCUACCGUUAGUUUUCGAUGUGACAAAGGAAGAUCAUGGUCACAUUGCCGUCGUUGUAUCACCUUUGACGAGUCUUAUGAAUGACCAGGUAGCUUAUUUGAAGAAAAUUGGAAUCAACUCGGUCAGUAUAAGCUCAAUAGAAGAAGAAGUGCGAAGAUCCGUUGAAAGUGGCGGAUAUUCAAUUGUUUUUGGUUCGCCCGAGUCAUGRUUGAAGAAUGAGCGCUGGAGGUCAAUGCUUUCAAAUGAAGUCUAUUCUAAAAAGUUGUGUGCUAUAGCAAUUKAUGAAGCYCACGUURUGCGACAGUGGGGUGUAUCAAACGACAAGAAAAUGGCCGCCUUCARAGAAUCCUACUCAAAGUUGUAURAGCUACGUUCACUUGCUCCUCAAGUUCCAUUCUUGGCAUUGACAGCAACAGCAACGCAGCUUACSAAGAGUACAAUAAUAACACUUCUACACAUGGACAAUGUUCAUGAAAUCAAAGAAAKYACUAACAAACUGAACAUUGCUUACAGUGUGCAAAGGAUUGAUAAAGAUAUGGAAUUACAAUGUUAUUUUGAUUGGUUAAMAGAUGAAUUGAAGCAGAAUAAAGAAAAAACAGAGAGAACAAUUAUAUAUUGUCAAACUAUAAGGCAGUGUGGAAUUAUAUAUGGCAAUAUCAAAUCCCUUAUGGCAGAUAAAAUGUAUGUUGGAGASACUGCAAGAAGCACUCUUGUAGAAUUGCUGCACUCAUGCACUCCAGCUGCAAAUAAAGAACAUGUACUGCAAUCUUUCCAAUCAGAAACUGGAACAGUACGGUUACUGAUAGCAACGAUCGCCUUUGGAAUGGGUAUAGACUGUAAAGGUGUCCAAAGGGUCAUUCAUUUUGGGCCCUCAAAAACUAUUGAAUCGUAUGUUCAGGAAACUGGUCGAGCAGGAAGAAAUGGCAAACAAAGCAUGGCAUACAUACUAUUUAAUGGUGUAAUGAUGACUCAUGUUGACGCAGAAAUGAAGCAGUUCAUCAGUACAAAAGAAUGUAGAAGGAAAACUCUUUUAAAACAUUUUGAAGAUACUAUUACUGCUCCUGUACAACGUCACCUUUGUUGUGAUAAUUGUGCUGCAAAAUGUGGUGUUUGUAUUCCACACAUCACCAAAUAUCCAGCUUGUCUGGUUGAUGAUAACUUUGUUUCAUCAAAUGCAUGUCUGGAAAGACAGGUGUCAAAGCAACAAAUGGACAUUGUMAAAGAUGAACUGACAAAAUAUCACAAGUCCAUCAUGAUGCAAUUGGUUGGAUCCACAGCAAACGGUGAUGUAAAAACCCUCACUAACCCACAAUUUAUGCUUGGCUUCUCARAGGUGCAAAUCUUGCAAGUUUUGAAUAACGUACAAAGAAUUUUCUCUAUGAAAGAUGUUUAUAAUUUUGUAGAAAUAUGGGACAGACAGCAUGCUUGUGCUAUUUAUUCCAUCAUUGGCUUGGUAUUUGGAGACWUAGAUGGCAACAGUGCUGUGCAUGUGUUAGAGGAUUGUGAAGAUAUUGAAUUCACUGAAGACCUACUUGACGAGUGGCAUAAUAUUUUACAAGAUGRUGAAUUGUAUGAGAUGAUUAUUGACAACAUAUCAUUGUCACAACUCGAAAACUCUUCCUUUGAAGAUGCCGGUGAAAUCAGUUUUGAUGUGCUCCMCUCAGCAGUUUUAUCUACAGUCGGAAAUAUGACACUGGACAGUUUGUGA